AUGAUGCACAUUAAGGCACACCAGAAGGUGAGCUCAGAAUUGGAGGAAGGAAAUGAGCUGGAGGACAGAGAGGCCAAAGAAGCAGCAAAAGGUGCAGUAGCAACUGAGGGAGCCUUGAUUGCAAAUGGACAGAUUUCCUUAGAAGGAUGGCCAGAGGCUUUCCCCACCAGGAUUGCUAAAGCUCCAGAGGUGACCAAGACCCCCAUGUUCUUCUUCCUGCUCAACCUGGCCCUCACUGACCUGGGCUCCAUCUGCACCACUGUCCCCAAAGCCAUGCACAAUUCCCUCUGGCACACCAACAACAUCUCCUACUCUGCAUGUGCUGCUCAGCUCUUUUUCUUUGUGUUCUUCCUCUCAGCAGAGAUUUCCCUCCUGACCAUCAUGAGCUACGACCGCUACGUGUCCAUCUGCAAACCCCUGCACUACGGGACCCUCCUGGGCAGCAGAGCUUGUGCCCACAUGGCAGCAGCUGCCUGGGCCAGUUCCUUUCUCAAUGCUCUGCUGCACACAGCCAAUACAUUUUCCCUGCCCCUGUGCCAUGGCAAUGCCCUGGGCCAGUUCUUCUGUGAAAUCCCACAGAUCCUCAAACUCUCCUGCUCACACUCCUACCUCAGGGAACUUGGGCUCAUUGGUCUCAGUGGCUGUUUAGCACUUGGCUGUUUUGUGUUCAUUGUUUUCUCCUAUGUGCAGAUCUUCAGGGCUGUGCUGAGGAUCCCCUCUGAGCAGGGACGGCACAAAGCCUUUUCCACCUGCCUCCCUCACCUGGCUGUAGUCUCCCUUUUCCUCAGCACUGUUCUAUCUGCCUACCUGAAGCCCCCCUCCAUCUCCUCCCCAUCCCUGGAUCUGGCCCUGUCAGUUCUGUACUCAGUGGUGCCUCCAGCCCUGAACCCCCUCAUCUACAGCCUGAGGAACCAGGAGCUCAAGUUGGGAGGUCUUUUGGGUGUGGUCAAGGGGUGUGGCCAGUGGGGUUUGGUCAAGGGGGAGUGGUCAGUGGAUGUGGUCAUUGGGGUGUGGUCAGUGAGUGUGGACAUUGGUUUCUUGAUAUGGGUGUGCAGUGGAGAUGGAACCCCAGCAGAGGAAGGUGAACGGGAAGAGUUGCCAACAGCUGAGAUCUGUGGAGGUCUGGACCUUGUGAAUGGAAAAACCUGCUGGGGAUCCUUGGAAAUAGAAGACUCUUAUAAAAAGAAGAAGCGGCUGGAGAUAUGGGAACGUGAUUUUCCCCAGCAGAAAGAGAAGGGGCUCAGAGCCAUGCACUGGACACAGCCAUGA